CUCAAAAAAGUACAAUGUUGAAACCCUAACUAAACUAACUGAGAGAACGAGAGGGAGUCACGUGAGAGGGAGACCAUCUUCUUGAUAGAAGUCACGUGCACCACCCAACACGCAGCUCACCAUAAACAAAAGAGAAAGAAAGAACAACGAAAGAGAAAUAAACACCAGAAAUUAAAAAAAAAAUCUUUAAAUACCAAAAAUAAACCCUAAGCUAAAAUCUUUUUUAAAAAGAAAAAGAAUGCAACCCAAAACCCUAAAUGUCUAAAUAUUUUUCCAUAAUCUCUUGAAUUCUCCCACUCAAGGAAGUUUUGUUGAUAAGAAUAUGCUGAUAUUCAUGUCGUUGGGAUUCAACAAAGGGUCAUUUUGGGAAGCAUUGAUACAGAGCCUAUGUGCAUCUGAAGAAGUUAACAUUCUGACGAGGACACAACUUUUAUUUCCUUCGCUUCUUUCUUGUUUUUAAAACCAUAGGUGCAAGCUCUCAAUUAGUAUUAAUAAGUUUUUUACAGUUUUUACCAGAUGUCAGAAGCUGGAAUGACUGUAGUGAAACCCCAGAUGAAGUCUUACAUUUGGCUCCAAACUGCUGAUGGUUCUAUCCAACAAGUAGAAGAAGAGGUAGCCAUGUUUUGCCCCAUGAUAUGCCGAGAAAUUAUUCAAACAGGCAUGGGAUCGUCCAAGAAUUAUGCUAUAUCACUUCCUCAACGAGUGAAUCCUGCCAUUUUGGGCUUAAUACUUGAUUACUGCCGGUUUCAUCAAGUACCGGGUCGCUCUAAUAAGGAGCGAAAAACUUUUGAUGAAAAGUUCAUUCGGAUGGAUACAAAAAGAUUAUGUGAGUUGACAUCUGCUGCAGACAGCCUCCAGUUGAAACCUUUGGUUGAUCUUACAAGCCGUGCGCUUGCUCGAAUUAUUGAAGGGAAAACUCCCGAGGAGAUACGUGAAACAUUUCAUUUGCCCGAUGAUCUCACAGAGGAAGAAAAAUUGGAGCCUCUUAGAAACAUCACUGAUGAUCCGCGAAUCCGGCUUCUAAAUCGAUUAUAUGCAAGAAAGCGGAAAGAAUUAAAAGAGAGAGAAAAAUUGAAGGAUGUUGAGGUUGAGGAGGAGCGUGCAGAUGACCGCUCAGUUGAGGAUCUCCUAUCAUUUAUAAAUGGUGCAGAUGGAGAUUCAAAGGGGUGUAGAACGAGUAAGAAUAAAAAGAAAAACCGGAGAAAAAAAGAUCAAUCAAAAGAUUCCUCCUCAAACAAUUCAAAUGAAAACCAAAAGAAGGAGUCAGACACUCUCCCUUCUGCUUGCCCUAAUGAUGAGGUUAGCGAUAUUUUGGCAGCCUCUCCUAGUAGAACUUCAAAUUCUCAAGACUUUGAUGAUGCUGGCAUUGAUGAUGAUUUAGAUCCUGCAAAGAUGGAGGAACUUGACAGGGAGGUUGAGGACUUUGCUCGUAGAUUAAAUUCGGAUUGGCCAGAAAGGAUGCAGGAAAUAUUGUCUUUGGGCCCAGAAAGAAGGCUUGUAUCUAUGAAUGUCAAUGGAUCUUUACGUAGAUAUUCAGGUUUGGACCGGAGAUAAUGUGAGGAUACUCUUGCCCUUUCAAAAACCUUCAGCAGCAUGAGUGUUUUGGAGAAGAUACUGCACGGGGUUCGCUGCUGUCAGAUGCUGGAAGAAUUGAGGCUGUUAUUUGGUGUGUAUCGCAUGUGAGCAUAUUGUUUGUUUGACCCACCAAAAAUGCAAAAUUCUUCCUGGGCAUCCUUGUAUGUUCGAAAAGUUUAGAAAUUAGAAAUGAAAAGAACUCAUAGUGGGCAAUUUGAGCACAAUUUGCUCAAUUGUCUAUAUUUUUUCUGCUGUUGGCUUUUGUUUGUGACUUUCAGCUGUUUUCAUCGGCUGGCUCUUGUACCUUCGAAACAUAUUGCUUCCACAAAUUUUUUUUUCUUUCUUUCUA